ACCAUCAUUAACAGCCAUUGCUCAAAUGGCAGAUCAAAGUCCUGCUCAGCCCAAAAAGGGUGACAGCGUUCAAUCACGCGAAGGAAGUGAUGGUACAAUUGGUCCAGGUUCAGCUUUGAGUAAUAGAAGUUUGCCUACACCGCAAACAAGACAAAGCAGAAAGCCAUCUUUAGGUCCAAGAGAUCCAUCUGCAACGAUGUCUUUUGCUCCUUCUGAAUUGGAUGCAAGUGGUUUAAGUGCAACAGAUUAUAGUUCAGGAGAAGAACAAGAAACAAGACAACGUUCUUCUACUCUAAACACAAAUGAUGCCGCAAGUAUAUCGCACGGUAUUCGAAGACCAUCUAUCGCUACAGGUGCACAAAGUCAAGCUUCUAUCACUCCUUCUGCUGCCGGAAAAGGAAAACGUAGAGCUUCUAAUUACACAAAAGGAGGCGAAUCAAAGGAAAGAGGAAGCCGUAACGAUCGUGAUGUGAGCAGAAGUAGACGUAAAAGUCGUGAUUAUAACAGAAACGAUGAGGACGAAGAUGAGAUCAGCGGUAGAUAUGGACCAAUGGAUGAUGAAGAUGAUGAAGUACAUCAUAUCGAUCGUGGUGAACAACUUGUCCGUCGCAGAAUGAAGGCUAGACAAAAGGAAAAAGCAUUGAAGCUCAAAGCUGAAAAAGAGAAACAACAAUUGGCACGUUUGCAAACUGCACAACAACAACAGCAAGGUGUUCCACAGCCGUUAAGUCCCAGGACACGACCAACGAGCAAACAACUGAUUGCACCUAUGCCAGCUUCACCUUCUCCGCAACUGGAAAGGGAAGGUAGGCCAACGCAUAUCAAUUUACCUGCUCCAGAUUUUGCAGCAAGUGCAUCUGUACCUCCUUCUGCUGUAUCUUCUCAAGGACCACUCAGUCCUGGAAUGCGUGGUCCGAUCAAUUAUCCAUCGCCACAUUCCCACAUCCGACGUCCUGGCAUUCGUGCAUCCGUUGCAGAGCCUUCAGGUGCUGGUCGUAGAGUGAGUGGAGUGAGCACAGCAAACUACAGUAGCACGAUCGGUGCUGCACGUAGUCCUUCCAUUCCUCAUCACGGUCAGACUGGCGAUGUAUUCUCAGAAGCUGCUGCAAGUGAAGCAGGCACGAGUUUACGGGAAGGUGAGAGUGUUUUUGCAGAAGAGCAGGAUGAAAUUCGUGAUACAAUUGGAGGUCUGCCGCAAAAUAUGGGCAUUCCACGAUCUGAUGCUGGCCGUGGGGAAGAAGAUUUGGGCGAAGAAGCUCAGCCUGCGGAAGAAGAAGAUGAAGAAACGCCGAACGUUGAUGGUGAUGAUGACGAUGAAGGGGAGGAUACAUCGGGCGAUGCAGGUGACACAGGAAGCGAUGCUGAUGUUGAGUACACCCUGAAAGAUCGUCAAGAUGCAAUCAAUAUCGAACAUCCUUUCGGUUUGCCGAUCUGGAAGCCAGCUUUGUACAAGAAAUCAAGAAGUGUAACGCGAAAUGCCGAAAAUGCUCUGCAUUCCAUACCCAGCGCAGCAGCUGAAAGACAUUUGCUGCCAGCCAAUCUUCUCUGGACAAUAUUUGCUGGCUUGUGGCUCAGUAUCAUCUGCUUCGUCUUGGCAAUUCUGCUCAAUCUUUUACCUCUUGGCGGUGGCAAGUAUGCUCGAGUGAUUUGGGAGUUGGGAGGAUACCUAUUCUGGCCAUUCGGAAAGUAUGUAGAGUGCGAAGUUGGUCCGGAUAGCAAAGAACGUUUAAUGGAAUAUGUAGCAGAUGAAAUUGGAAAUGAGGAAACGAAUGAUACCGCAACAAAUCAAGCACCUGAAGAUUCUUACGAAAACAACUUCACGCCCGUAGCCGCACGCUUCCCACAUGAUCAUACUCAUACCGUGCCAUUUAACUCACGUCCUGCUUCAAGUCUUGCGCUCACAACGCAUGAUACGAUCAGGCCGGGUGAUACAAUCGCUGCUUACCGUGUACUGGAAGAACAGAAACAGAGUAGCGGAUCUGGAUCCUCGCGUGAAGAGCAACAAAAUUUGAAUAAUGAUGAAAGCACAUCUACUGCAGCUGGAAAGAGCUAUGGUGCAACAAAAGACUUGGAAGAAGGAAUGAUUGAAUAUAGCGAAACUGAACGUAUACGACAAGAGUUGGACAUCUAUGGCUACGUACAUGAUGAUCAAGGCAAUGAUGUUGGCCGAGCAAAGCGAAUCUUAGGAACGAUUGCAUAUGGUUUUGCAUUUUGGCUCAUCAUCGGACCGUUGAUGGGCUUGAUCUGCUUGGCUUGCUGGGGUACUGUGUUCCCAAUUCCUAUGGCCAAGCUCAAUUGGGUUUUAUUGAAGGAUCUAGCACGAAAGCCGCUCGCUCUACGUUUCAGAAGCGCUCCUCGUAUUGAUACUACAACGGUUGAUCAAAGUAACAGAAACGGAUCGGAAUCAACACCUCUUCUAGGACACAAACGUAGCAUUCUGCAACAGCUCAAAGCGGGCGAACCUGCGCCUCAAACGGCAAAAUUGAGUCGUGAUGGCCGUUUGGUACGACGCAGCAGAAUUCUAGUUUGCACGUAUAGAGCAAUGGGUUUGCAAUACUACAAGUAUACCGUAGGAGGUGUCAAUAUUUUGUUCAUCAACACUUUGCCGUUUGUCUUUUUCACAAUCUUUGACUUCUUCUUCGUUGAGCCUUAUGUGGAACACCAUCAUCUUCAUACUGGCUUUUUGGCACUUAUCGGAAGCAAAGGUGCAAUGUUUAUCUUUGCUUUGGGUAGUGUUAUCCCUUUAAGUUAUUUCAUUGGGAUGGCUGUUGCCUCGAUCAGUGCGCAAAGUAGUAUUGGAAUGGGAGCGGUGAUUAAUGCAACUUUUGGUUCGAUUGUUGAAAUUAUUCUUUAUGCUAUUGCAUUGACGCAAGAUAAGGCAAGGUUGGUCGAAGGAAGUAUUGUUGGUUCUAUUUUGGCGGGUGUCUUGCUCAUGCCGGGUGUAUCGAUGUGCUCUGGGGCCAUGCGUCGUAAAGAACAACGAUUCAAUGCGCGAUCGGCAGGUGUUACAAGUACAAUGUUGAUCAUGGCAAUCAUUGGUAUUUUGACUCCUACGUUGUUCUAUCAAAUUUAUGGAACUUUCCAACUUACUUGCAAAGGCUGUCCAGCGGAUACUUUACCAGGAGAGGCAUGGACGUGCAAGCGCUGUUUCUACGAGCAUGUUCCUCCGGCAACAGAUCCUUUCUACCAAGACAAUGUCAAAGGUCUCAUGUAUACGUGUACAGUCGUUUUGGUUUUAUCUUAUGGUAUUGGUUUAUGGUUCUCCUUACGUACCCAUGCGUCACAAAUUUGGCAGAAUCCUCAACCACAACCUGUUUUGGCCAAUACAGCGACCUUGCAAAAUGCACCAGGUGCAUAUCCUGUACCCAACUCAGCCUCCCAACACAUGGCACCUGGACAACAUAUUUUGCAUAGCCUUGCACAAAAUGCAAAUUUGACUCAAAACCAACGGAUGAGUAUGUACAAGCGUAUUAUUCCUUCAGGUGUUUUACAGCAAAUCCUACCAACAUCCAAUAACAGGGCCACUUCAGGACAAAGUCAAACCGUUCGAUCAAAUCAGAGUAGAAAUACGAUCUUCAGUGAAGCUGCUCGCGAUGAAAGUGAACAUGGACAUGGUAAUCAAGCAUUCGUUCCACCGCCAUUGCAAUUGCCCGAUACGUUAUCUGCUGAAGAUUAUGAACGUGCUGCUACAGCUGCAGUUGCAACAAUUGCUGUUGGUCAACAGGCAAACAAUCCCAAUCAAGGUUCGAUUCGAUUCGCAGAUGGUGCAACAGCACGCAUGAAUAGAAAAGCAAGCGGACAGGUCCAUGAUCAUGGAUCUAGACAAGGAUCUCAGGCGCAACCGCUCCCUGUCAGUCAUGCAGGACAAGGUCAAGAACCACCAAUCCCACAAAAUGAAGCUGCAAGUGGUGGUCAUGGAGGACAUGAUGCACCUUCAUGGACACGUGGAACAUCUUUGUUUGUCUUAUUAUCAUGCACUGUCCUCUACGCAAUCAUUGCUGAAAUCUUGGUGGAUGCAGUGGAUGUGGUUCUAGACGGCUCAGGAUUGGACAUCAAGCUCUUGGGUGUGACCCUAUUCGCUCUGGUACCAAACGCAACCGAAUUCAUGAAUGCAAUGUCAUUCGCCAUCAACGGUAAUAUUGCAUUAUCCAUGGAAAUCGGAAGUGCGUAUGCAUUGCAAGUUUGUCUUAUUCAAAUCCCUGCCAUGGUGGCUUUCAGUGCAUUCUAUCAAGCGAGAGGAAGUCACGACAAUGAUAUCAAUAGCACAUUCACACUCAUUUUCCCACGCUGGGAUGUGAUUGCGAUCAUUUUUGCGAUUUUCUUACUCACAUAUACAUACAUCGAGUCAAGAUCAAAUUAUUUCCGUGGCUCUUUAUGUCUUUUGAGUUAUAUCGUUCUCAUUUCCGGUUUCGUCUUUGCGCCGAAUACAGGGGAUCCAGAAUCGCCAGUAGAAGAUCGUCCUGAUCUAUUUCGUGCAUUAGGAUUUGGUGGUUUGCAAAAACCAAUUUUGGAUUUACCUUGGCAUACAUACUUUGAAGCAUUAUACAACAGUCUUUGGACAAAGUAGACAAUCUUCGCCCUUCACAUUUAUACCUUACCUCUUAUUUUAUGUACAAUCAGCUCUCUUUCCUAGAUCGCAAAAUUUUGUGUGAGCAUUUAUGCCACACUUGCAGGCUACCUAAUUCCUUUCAACGACUUUUAAUGAUUGAUGAUGUU